CGGCCUGUCAUCCCGCCAUGGCUCCCCGGCUACAGCUGGAGAAGACGGCUUGGAAUUGGACAGCCACCGUGCGGCCGGAGGAAGUGACCCGGCUACAUAUAGAAGCCGCCUACCGAGUCCGCCUGGAGCCGUGUGUGCGGGGGGUGUGCAGGAGGAACUGCAAGGGGAACCCGAACUGCUUGGUUGGCGUUGGUGAACACGUCUGGUUGGGGGAAAUCGAUGAGAACAGUUUCCACAACAUCGAUGAUCCCAACUUCGAGAGGCGGAAGAAGGACACGUUUGUUGGCUUGACCAACCUGGGGGCCACAUGCUAUGUGAACACUUUCGUCCAGGUCUGGUUCCUGAACAUGGAGCUCCGCCGGGCCCUCUAUCUGUACGAGAACCCCUCGAGUGUGGAGAAGGUGGAGGAGUGCAUCCAGGAAGACAAAGAAUAUGAGCCGCAGAGCAUCUGUGAACACCUGCAGUACCUGUUCGCUCUACUACAGAACAGUAACCGGCGGUACAUCGACCCCUCCGGCUUCAUCCGAGCGCUGGGAUUGGACACGGGGCAGCAGCAGGACGCUCAGGAGUUCUCCAAACUGUUCAUGACUCUUCUAGAAAAUACCUUAUCCAAGCAGAAGAACCCGGAUGUCCGGAACAUUAUCCACGACCAGUUCUGCGGCCAGUAUGCCUACGUCACCAUUUGUAGUCACUGCGGCCGGGAGUCCAAGCUGGUGUCCAAGUUCUACGAGUUGGAGCUGAACAUCCAGGGCCACAAGCAACUGACGGACUGCGUCACCGAGUUCCUCAAGGAGGAAAAGCUGGAGGGAGACAAUCGUUAUUUCUGCGAGACCUGCCAGAGUAAGCAGAACGCCACCCGCAAGAUCCGAUUGGUGAAACUGCCGCCGACCCUCAACCUCCAGCUCAUGCGAUUCGUCUUUGACAGACAAACCGGGCACAAGAAGAAACUGAACACGUACAUCGCAUUCUCCGAGACCCUUGAUAUGGGACCAUUCGUAGAACUGGCAGGUGGUAAUUACGUCUAUGAACUGACGGCGGUCCUCAUCCACCGGGGUGUGAGUGCUUACUCCGGACAUUACAUUGCACACGUGAGGGACCCGCAGACCUCCGAGUGGUACAAGUUCAAUGACGAGGAGAUUGAGAAGAUGGAAGGGAAGAAGCUCCAGCUGGGGAUUGAGGAGGAUCUAGCUGAACCUUCUAAAGCCAUCGCUCGUAAACCCAAAUGUGCAAAAGGCUUCCACUGUUCUCGUAACGCCUACAUGUUGGUUUACAGGCUGAAGAUGGAUGAGAAACCAGACGUGGAGUUUGAGGUUCCAGGUUUCCUCCAGAAACUGGUGGAGCUGGAUAACUGUAAGUUUGAGGAGUGGUGCGUGGAGAUGUCUGAGAUGCGCAGACAGAGCGUGGAUAAAGGGAAGGCCAAACACGAAGAGGUGAAGGAGCUGUACCAGAGGUUACCAGCUGGAGCUGAUGAGACGUACGAGUUUGUGCCUCUGGAAUGGCUGCAGAAAUGGCUGGAUGAGUCUACGCCAGCAAAACCCAUUCACAACUCCAAAUACCAGUGUGCCCACGGCAAGCUGCACCCCGACAAGAUCUCCCACGUCAAGAGGAUCUCCGAGUACUCCGCCGAGGUCUUUUAUCAGAGAUAUGGCGGAGGACCCCGACUCAAAGCUGAUUCUCUAUGUAAGGACUGCGUGGUGGAACGGUGCCGAGUGUUACGUCUGAUUCUCUCUCUCUCUCUCUCUCUCACUGUCUCUCUCUCUCUCUCUCUCCUCGUCCUCAGUGAUGAAGGUUAUUGGAUUGGGAAGGGAUCACUGCGGCGCUGGAGGCAGUUGGCGACGGAGCAGCUGGGUCAGCAAGAAGACGAGUACGAUCAGGGAGAUCCGCCAGUGAAUGGAAGCACGUCCAUGAAAGAGGAAAUCACGGAGGAGAAAAGGGAAGACGACACGGAAAUGGCCUUCAAUGAAGACCUCGUGUGCCAGCACGGAGGACUGUGCACGUCGGAGGGGGAGCGCCGCCUGAUCACCGACGCAGCCUGGCACAAGCUUAAGGAGUAUUUCCCUGCUGCCCCCGAGUUCAAAUACAGCCAGGACCCGUGUUUGCAGUGCAAGAUUCUGGAGGAAGAAGGGGAGCAGCAUGACGCUCUUCAUAAACGGAUGGCGAAUGAACAGAAGCUGGCACUUCCUAACCUCUUCCAGGACAAGAACCGGCCGCCGAGUGCGGUGUGGCCUCAGGAGACGUCAGAACUGUAUAUCGUGUCCCAGCUCUUUGUGGAGGAAUGGAGGAAAUUUAUCAGGCGGCCCACCAAGACCGGCCCCGUGUCCUCCGUGGGAAACAGUUUUCUGUUGUGUCCUCAUGGCGGCCUCAUGUUCUCCUUCUCCGACAUGACGAAAGAAGAUUCCAAACUGGUCAUGAAGGAGGCGGCACCGGAACUCAACGUCAGCGGUUCUGACCCAGAAGAAGAAAAGGAGGAGCCCAGACCGGACGGGGAGAGCGAUCCGGACUUCCCCCAGGCAAAUGGUGCAGCAAAGCGACAGAAGAUCUCCAUCCAGGGUCAGGUGUCCUUCCAGAAGCAGGGCAUUCGGCGGAGCACGCGGCACAGGAAGGUGCGAGGAGAGAAAGCAUUGCUGGUCUCUGCGAAUCAGACGUUGAAGGACCUCAAGAUCCAGAUCAUGCACGCCUUCUCCGUGGCGCCGUUCGAUCAGAACCUGUCCAUUGAUGGGAAAGUCUUGAAUGAUGACUGCGCCACGCUGGGCUCCCUGGGGAUCAUUCCGGAAUCUGUCAUUGUGUUGAAGGCUGAUGAGCCGAUUGCAGACUACUCCGCCAUGGAUGACGUCAUGCAAGUCUGUAUGCCAGAGGAAGGAUUUAAAGGAACGGGUCUCCUGGGACAUUAGCGCCGCCGAUCCCUCCAGUGGGUGGUGUACCCUGGAAAACUUCGCUGCAGAGAGAGAGAGACCUGAUUCUGGCUCUUCCACGGGGCCCCGGGGCCCCUCUUCUACUCCGAAUAUUGCCUUACAAUGAAGAUAGCAGAUUGCACUGAAGGACUGCUGAUAUAGAAGGAAGUACUCUACUUUUUAUAUGUAUAUAGAGAUGCCGGCCGGGGGUGGAGCCUGUCCGCCAUCUGCAUAUAUAUAUAUGUAUAGAAAUCUUGUUUACAUUCAUUGCGGUGAUUCCAUUCUGUGUGACGUGUCCCGGCAGCGGCUUCUGUCUCCGUGUAACAUACAUGUCACUGCCCGC